UUCUCUUUGGCUUUCUUAAGUGAGCUGCGCUGUGUGGCUGGAGGGAGCAUUCGAGAAUGAGUGGUGCAGCGCUGGGCCUUGAGAUAGUGUUUGUCUUUUUUCUGGCCUUAUUCCUACUUCACCGGUAUGGAGACUUCAAGAAGCAGCAUAGGCUGGUGAUCAUAGCAACUUUGCUGGCUUGGUAUCUCUGCUUUCUUAUUGUAUUUAUACUGCCCCUGGAUGUCAGUACGACUAUUUAUAACAGGUGCAAACUUGCUGUAAACUCCAGCCCUGCAGAAAGUAAUGGCUCUUACGUUACUCCUGCUCCAAGCAAGCAAAAAUGUUUCAAACCAUGGAGUUACAUUCCUACUGGCAUUAUGCCAAUUUUCUGGCGUGUUGUGUAUUGGACAUCACAGUUUUUAACAUGGAUUCUGCUACCUUUCAUGCAGUCAUAUGCCAGAUCAGGAGGGUUCUCCAUUACUGGAAAGAUUAAAACUGCAUUGAUUGAGAAUGCAAUCUAUUAUGGCACUUACUUGCUGAUUUUUGGAGCAUUUUUAAUAUAUGUGGCUGUAAACCCAAACUUCAAUUUACAAUGGAACCAACUUCAGACUAUUGGGAUAGCUGCUGCAAACACAUGGGGUCUCUUUCUUCUUGUGUUGCUUUUGGGUUAUGGUCUGGUGGAAAUUCCCCGUUCUCACUGGAAUGGGGCCAAGAGAGGUUAUCUACUCAUGAAAACCUAUUUCAAAGCUGCCAAACUGAUGACUGAAAAAGCAGAUGCAGAAGAGAAUUUAGAGGAUAUUAUGGAGGAGGUCCGGAAAGUAAGUGAGAGUAUCAAGUACAACCACCCUUUGAGAAAAUGUGUUGAUACAAUACUAAAGAAGUGUCCUGCUGAGUACCAGGAAAGAAUGGGUAGGAACAUGGAUGAUUAUGAAGAUUUUGAUGAAAGACAGAACAGCUACCCAAGUGAAAAAAGCCUGGUCAAACUUCACAAGCAGGUCAUCUAUUCAGUACAGAGACAUCGUCGUACACAGGUCCAGUGGCAAAUACUUCUAGAACAAGCAUUUUACCUGGAAGACGUGGCAAAAAAUGAAACCAGUGCAACUCGUCAGUUUGUUCAUACAUUUCAUUCUCAAGAACCAGAGAAUAAAAUCAUUCAGUAUUUCUACACACCAACUGUUGAGUGGUACUGGGAAUGCCUUCUACGACCAUGGUUUUACAGAGUGCUUGCAGUUGUUCUGGCCAUGUUCUCUGUAAUUGUUGUGUGGUCAGAGUGCACGUUUUUCAGCACAAACCCAGUUUUAUCACUAUUUGCAGUUUUCAUACAGCUGGCAGAAAAGACAUAUAAUUAUAUAUACAUAGAGAUGGCCUGUUUUCUUACCAUCUUUUUCCUAAGUAUCUGUGUUUACUCUACUGUCUUCAGAAUCCGUGUAUUUAACUAUUAUUACUUAGCUUCACAUCAUCAGACAGAUGCAUACAGUCUCCUUUUCAGUGGCAUGCUGUUCUGCCGUCUUACUCCUCCAUUAUGCUUGAACUUUUUGGGGUUGACCCAUAUGGAUGCAACAAUCUCUCACAAAAACACUCAGCCAACUGCUUAUACAUCUAUAAUGGGAUCCAUGAGAGUGCUGUCCUUCAUUGCAGAUGGAUUCUAUAUAUAUUACCCAAUGCUUGUUGUCAUUCUCUGUAUUGCCACAUACUUUAGUUUAGGAACUCGUUGUUUGAAUCUUUUGGGAUUCCAGCAGUUCAUGGGGGAUAGUGAAAUGACCUCUGAUUUGAUUGAUGAAGGAAAAGAGCUAAUCCAAAGAGAGAAAAGAAAACGACAAAGGCAGGAAGAAGGUGAAAACAGAAGAAGGGAAUGGAAGGAACGGUAUGGAAACAGGGACGAUUCCACUAGAAACAGAGUUGUCCAAAAAGAAUCCAGCUUCUCAGAGAUCAGUACCAAUAGAUCACUAUCAAAGUAUACCCGAUCAAAUGGUAGGACUGAAAGAGACAGGAUAGAACUCCUCCAGGAUGCAGAACCUCUGGAUUUUAAUGCAGACUCAAUUAAUGAUGACCCUCUUGAAUCGGAUUUGGGAAGGUACCAGCCUGGUGGAAGAUAUCUGUCAAUGUCUCGAAGCAAAAUAUUUGAAGAUGCCUAA